AUGUCCCGCUCAGAAGUCAACGUCGAAGACAUCACUCCAGGAAUGGUCAUCUAUGCAGCUCCCGGACCUCUCAUUGUCGAGGACGUCUUGACAACACAAAGCUUAUCAAAACAACGUAAAGACAAGCACCCGCUCCUUGUCCUUUCUGUCAAUGCACCAGCACAGUCCAUAACAGUCACCUACAUUGCAAGUUUCAAAGGUGCUACCGAUCUAGCUUCAGUAAACAUGAGAGGUGGAUCAUCGGCAAAGAAACUGUUCGUGCCCAUCCUUCCAGCUAUAAAGGAGUACGACCAUGAUCCCGUAAGCUGGGAGAGCCAUCCGAAGCCUAUCCCAGCCGGGUGGGUAUCAAUCCGUAACAAGACCACCUUUACGGGUGAGAAGUUCACAACCUUCAAUGAUGAGAAGUACUUCUCGGCAGAAACAGCAAGCAUUAUCGACGCCCUCAUCACGACUUUGGCAUAA